AUGUUUGUUGGAUUACUAAAAUCAGCAACAAAGAUACCAUCUUUGUCAGUUGCUGCUGCUUCAACUAUCACCAAAAACAUUCAUAGUUAUAGUAGCAAACUAUCAUCACUAUCAUCAUUAUCAACAACUUGUACAUAUCAUCAUACCAACAAAUCAACAUCAACAUAUAGAUACUUUUGUAGUAGUAAUGAUCUAUCAUCAACUAUUACAUCUACUUCUGAUUCAAUAACUACAGCCGAUGAAUCAUCAACAACAAAGAAAAAGAAAAGAUCAUCUAAAAAGACACCAACUUUAUCAGAGGAUGGUACCAUUAUAGAACCAACUCCUCGUAAAAAGAGAGCACCUAGAAAGAAAAAGAUAGAUGUUGAACAAGAUAAAGUAGAUCUAGUUUCAACUGACUCAUCAUCAUCAUCAUCAUCGUCAACAACUGCAGUAUUAUUGACAAAACAUGAACCUUUACCAGAAGAGAUUGGAUUCCCUUCAACUGCAGAAUCGAUCUAUUCACAUCCACCUGAAACAUCGAUUAAUGUGGACCGAUUCACCAAGCCGUACGAUGUCAUUACAGAGAGUAGUAUUGGACCAAAGGUUGUGAUGAGAGCUGGUGCUCCGCUCAAGAUACCUUUGGGGUUCCCAUCGACAAUGCCAAAACCAUAUUACUUUCAACAACAACCUUCACAACAACAAAUACAACAACAACAAGAGGUGUUGAGACCAAGAUUGACACCUGCCAACAAAUUCAACAACUAUAAUAUCAAUAUUUAUGCUGGUAUUGAUGAGUCGGGUAAAGGUUCGGUAUUGGGUCCGUUGGUAGUGGCCAUUGUCGUCAUUGACCAGCCGACCAGCCAACUAUUGCGAGCGACCGGUGUCAAAGACUCCAAGGCUCUAACAAGUGCACAACGUGAAAACCUUUACUCUAUCAUUACGGAAAAGGCUAUUUAUUACAAGACAAAGAUAUUUAGUGCUAGCGACAUUGACCAACGUCGAAAAGUACAGACACUCAAUCAAAUUGAAAUGGGUAUAUUUAUGGAGUUGAUUGACGGCUUGAAGCAAUACUAUUACGAGAAUGCAAGUAGUGAGCAUUUGGCACAGGUCAUGAUGUCUGACGAUACUGAUGGCGACCACGCAGAUGACAGCAAACCACACCACCGUAUCACUGUCGAGAUUGACUCUAUCGAAUCCAACUCGCAAAAGUUCUCAUAUCCAUUGCGUCAGAGAUACGCAGGGUUUGCCAAUAUUGUAUGCGAGAUUAAAGCAGAUAUGACGUACACCUCAACUGCAGCCGCAUCGAUUGUGGCCAAGGUGACACGUGAUAAAUACAUUGAAAACUUGCAAUCUCAAGUUGGCGAACCCAUCGGAUGUGGCUACCCAUCCGACGAAACAACCCUCUCCUUUAUCGAUCGUUUCUAUCGUGCAAAUGCAUUUGAUCAUCCUGAAGUAAGACAAUCUUGGAAAACAAUAUCAAGUAAAAGACCUGCUCCAAAUCAAGUAAUUUUACCAAAAAUUACAUCCGAUCAACAGAAUAUUAAUAAUAAUAAUGACAAAAAUUCAGUUAUUGUUACUCAAUCCAAUAAUAUCAAUAAUAACAUUAAUAAUAAUAAUAAUAAUUUCCAGAAUAUUCUUUUAGCAAUUCAACAAGACCUUGGUAAACUAGCCAAAACAAUUGAAUCACUUACAAUGUUGAUGUCAUCAUCAUCAUCCUCUGGUAAUAGCAACAACAACAACAACAACAACAACAACACCGUCGACCACUCCUCUCCUACUACUCCUGUUGUCGUUUCAAAUACUACGACAAGUACAAGAAAAAAGAGAUCGAGUCAUAAUAAUACUAGUACUAGUGGAAACUUAUCCAACACUCUAACUUCCACUGCCCCACUAUCCACACCACCACCACCACUACCAACCACCACCACCACCAACACCAAUAUUAAUAAUAAUAGUAACAAAGAAGUUAAUACUGAAGCCGACAACCAAGACGAAGAUUCGUACCGAUAUUUUUAG